AAUUUUCCAGAAUGACAACAACUUGAACAAAAUAAACUUGAAUUGCUUUUAGAAACAGCAAUCUCACCAAGUUCACAUAUUCCUUUUAUAUUCCCACGAAAAAAAUCUAAUCAACAGUGAACACAAUCCACACAAGUUAAACAAGUGGACAUAAAAGUCUUGGACCCAUUUUAAAACAUCUAUCCACAUUAAAUCAUUCACUGAUCUCUAACCAAUCCCACACACACUACCACAAACAAUGGCCACCGUCGCUAACUUCUUAGCCAAACCAAUCUCCACCGUAGUCCCACGGCCAUCCUCCGCCGUUGCUUCGACCUCCUCCUUCGUAUUCUUUAACCAUAAAACUAAUCCUCUGUUCCGGAGGAAAAACCUCCCGAAAAGAUUAUUCUCCGCCGUGAAAAUAAAGGCUGGAGCGGCGUCUCCGGGAAAGGUGGGUACACCACCGGCGAAUGACGAGAAGGUACAAAAGAUUCACAGCGGAGAGGAAUUCGACGUAGCGUUGAAAAAUGCGAAGAGCAAACUCGUGGUUGCAGAGUUUGCUACGAGUAAGAGUGAUCAGAGUAAUAAGAUAUAUCCGUUUAUGGUGGAACUGAGCAGGACCUGUAACGACGUCGUUUUCUUGCUCGUCAUGGGUGAUGAAUCUGACAAGACCAGAGAACUCUGUCGGAGAGAGAAGAUUGAGAAAGUUCCUCACUUUAGCUUUUAUAAGAGCAUGGAGAAAAUACACGAGGAAGAAGGUAUUGAACCGGACCAGUUAAUGGGAGACGUUCUAUACUACGGAGACAACCACUCUGCGGUGGUGCAGCUGCACGGCCGACCUGACGUGGAAAAGCUGAUCGACGAGAAUCGCACUGGAGGCAAGCUGAUCGUGCUUGACGUUGGUCUAAAACAUUGUGGUCCUUGCGUUAAAGUGUAUCCGACCGUGCUGAAACUGUCCCGGUCAAUGUCCGAGACAGUCGUAUUCGCUAGAAUGAACGGUGACGAGAACGAUAGUUGUAUGGAGUUUCUCAAGGACAUGAAUGUUAUCGAAGUUCCAACUUUCUUGUUCAUUAGAGACGGCGAGAUUCGUGGCCGUUAUGUUGGUUCCGGUAAAGGAGAACUCAUUGGAGAGAUUCUUCGGUACUCAGGCGUUCGUGUCACUUAUUAAUUUGUAUCAAAACUUUAAUUUUAUUACAUCUCACUUCAAAAAAGAAUGAGUUUUUGGUCUUUGUCUGUACCAUCCGAAACCGGUUGAUAUGAAAGAAAAAAAACUCAAAAUAGUGUGAUUCUUGAUUAUUUGAUUUUGCUUUUGUGUUCUAACUUUGAAGGCACGGAAACUUUGACGGAUUUGAAUAUUUCCGUAAGGAAGAAUGAGAUGUUAAUGAUUUGUACCUACCCAAUGAAGAUAUUGUAUUAUUCCCAAUAAAUAUAUACACAUUAUCAUC